UAUUUCUGAAGGCCCGGCCUUUCUUCUCGCUGGUUUUCUUCUCUCUCGUCGGUUACUGUUGGUUUCUCCCUGAACUAAUCCGCUUUACCCAUUGUGGCUCGGUCGCCGGUGACCCCGGACUUUGCCAGCUUCGCCUCCCUCCCGGCGACCCCUGAUCUGCCGCCGCAACCUUCUCCCGUCCCGGCAGCUGGCGCUUCACUGCCCAAGUUUAGCUCAAAGAGGGUGGAGUCGUGCCGGGAGGAUAAUGUGAAGCUAUGCAGAGUGUAAGGGACAAGUGUAGAGUAGCGACCCUUGUCGCUUUGACUGUUUUUGUCGGUCUUGUUGGUUUGUAUAGUUUGAUAAAGCCUGUAUCUAAUGGCUGUAUUAUGACAUAUAUGUAUCCAACUUAUGUACCCAUUUCCAUGCCGGAGAGUGUAUUGGCUGGGAAGUAUGGUUUGUAUCUGUAUCAUGAAGGAUGGAAGAAGAUUGACUUUGAUGAGCACCUCAAGAAGCUCAAUGGUGUUCCCGUUCUUUUCAUCCCGGGAAAUGGUGGCAGCUACAAACAGGUCCGAUCUCUGGCAGCAGAGUCUGACAGGGCAUAUCAAGGAGGCCCCCUUGAUCGUUCGCAUUAUCAGGAAGCUUCUCUAACUCCUGAAGAGGGAGGAUUAGAGAUGGAUGGAGGCUUAGGUGGGAUACAGUUGCCCAAUCAAUAUUCUCGUAGGCUGGAUUGGUUUACCGUGGAUCUUGAAGGUGAACAUUCAGCAAUGGAUGGUCGGAUACUUGAAGAGCACACUGAAUAUGUUGUUUAUGCCAUUCACAGGAUUUUGGAUCGAUAUAAAGAGUCUUGGGAUGCCCGAGCAAAGGAAGGUGCUGCGUCUGUUGGGAGUUUGCCAACAAGUGUCAUAUUGGUCGGCCAUUCCAUGGGUGGAUUUGUUGCUAGAGCUGCUGUUGUUCAUCCACAUCUUAGGAUGUCAGCUGUGGAAACUGUUUUAACGCUUUCAAGCCCUCACCAGUCCCCUCCUUUGGCAUUGCAGCCAUCACUAGGCCACUACUUUGCAUGGGUAAAUGAUGAAUGGAGAAAGGGAUUUCAGGUUCAAAUGACUCGGACGGGACAUCAUGUGUCUGCUCCAGCACUAUCUCAUGUGGUUGCUGUUUCAAUUACUGGAGGUGCUAAUGAUUAUCAGGUUCGCACAAAGUUAGAAUCACUUGAAGGUAUUGUUCCACCUCGUCAUGGCCUUACUAUCAGUACUACAGGGAUGAAAAAUGUGUGGUUGUCAAUGGAACAUCAAGCUAUUUUGUGGUGCAAUCAAGUAGUUGUACAAGUGUCACAUACCCUCCUUAGUUUGGUAGACUCCAAAACAGGUCAGACGUAUCCUGACACACAAAAAAGACUAGCAAUUUUUGCAAAAAUGCUUCGGAGUGGGGUCGCCCAAAGUUUCAACUGGAUGAAUCAAUCACAUUCAUUGCAGCACUCUACUCAUUCUUUGGUUGAUGAUGAAAGAGUUGAUGCAGGAUUGCUUGCAGGAUCUCAAGUACACUCUUUUCCUACUUGUCCAAGCAAUAUUAACUGGAGUAAUGAUGGCCUUGAGAGGGACUUGUAUAUUGAAACAACCACAGUCACUGUAUUAGCCAUGGAUGGGAGAAGACGGUGGUUGGAUAUACAGAAACUGGGUUCUGAUGGGAGAAACCAUUUCAUACUUGUCACAAACCUUGCUCCAUGUUCUGGUGUGAGACUUCAUCUUUGGCCUGAGAAGGGAAAAUUAGCCUCAGAACCUGCAGAUAGAAGGGUUAGAGAGGUGACCUCGAAGAUGGUGCACAUUCCUUCGGGGCCUACACCUACACAGAUCGAACCAGGAAGUCAGACUGAGCAACCACCUCCAUCUGCCGUCUUUCUGUUGAGUCCCGAGGAUAUGCUUGGUUUCAGAUUUCUGACUAUAUCUGUUGCUCCCCGUCCGAGUGUCUCAGGCCGACCGCCCCCUGCAGCUUCCAUGGCAGUAGGACAGUUCUUUGAUCCAGGGGAAGGGGAACGAGAAUUCUCUCGACUGGCUAUGCUUUCCUCUAUGUAUUCUGAAAAGGACAUUUUCUUCAAGGAGGAUCAUCCCCUUGCUUUCAAUCUGUCAUUUGGAAUUAGUUUAGGACUUUUGCCUGUCACAUUGUCAUUAAAAACUGCAGGUUGUGGUAUAAAAAAAUCUGGCCUGCCUCUUGAAGAGGCUGGAGACGUUGAACAUAAUAGACUUUGUAAACUUCGCUGUUUCCCCCCUGUAGCGCUUGCUUGGGAUACCAACUCAGGACUUCAUGUGAUUCCGAAUUUGUUCACUGAGACAAUUGUUGUCGAUUCAUCCCCAGGGCUUUUGAGUUCAACCCCCGUAUCUGAUAGAACCACUGUUUUGUUACUGGUGGACCCCCAUUGUGCAUACAAAAGCAGCAUUUCCGCAUCUUUUACUGCAGCAGCCAGCAGAUUUAUGCUUUUGUACGGUCCAAAGACAACUGCUCUCUCCAUUGCUGUGAUCUUUUUUGCAUUGAUGCGUCAAGCGUGGUUUUGGGAUCGAGACUUGCCUAUACCACCAAUUUUGACUGCUGUUCAAUUGAAUUUGAGGAUGCCUUCCCCGUUUCUGCCCCUAGUUGUGGUGCCCAUUUUGGUUUCUUUGCUACUUUCUUUGCUAAUGGAUCAGUCUCUCCCUCCACUUGCAAGUUUUACUGUCAUCUCACUUAUAUGCUAUCUACUCGGCAAUGGCCUCAUGAUAAUUGUGAUAUGGAGCUCUCAACUGGUCUUCUCUGUGGCUGCAAUUGUGCAUGUAUUCAUCAGCACAAGGUGGCAAGUGUGGGAAUUGAAUCGUCAUGUUUUGAUGUUUCAUUGGUUUCUCAAUCUCUCAUCUGGUUUCUUCUUGUUGAAGAUGGUUAGGCUUGUCAGAGCAAACCUCCGCAUUCUUGUUGCCCUGGUUGCAAGUUCUUUGGUGUGCUUCGUACAUCCUGCAUUAGGGUUGUUCAUUCUGCUUUCAUCGGAUGCUUUGUGCUGCCACUUUGCUCUGUGCAGCCAUGUUCGACGAAGAGAAAUCACGGAAUUCAAUAGAGAAGCAAAUGGUGGGUUCCGGCAGUCCAAAUUUGAUUCUUGUGGAAACUUCAAUGGGGACCCGCAAUUGGAAGAAAACUACUCCAGUAGUCCGGAAUCCACCCAAAGUUUUGUCGAUACACAGUUAGAGAUCUUCCACCACCAGCAUAGCUUGCUGAUCCUGCACUUUCUCACGAUGCUGAUGUUUGUUCCAUCUCUAUUGGCUUGGUGGCAGAGGAUAGGGACAGGCCAGAGCUUCCCGUGGUUGAUAGACUCGGUUCUCUGCAUUGGUGUCAUCCUCCACGGAAUUUGCAAUCAGAAGCCAGACUCCAAUUCCUUCCUGUUUUCCUUCCCGGGUAUAGGGAGCAAGGUUGUGCAGAUGUACUACAUGUACCAGGUUGCGGGAUACUAUUGUUUCCUCGCUGGUUUGACCUUGGCUCCUUACAAGAUAUUCUACCCUUCAGCUGCGAUUGGAUUUCUCUCCUUCCUGUUGAGUAUGUUGCAGAAGAGGAGCCGAGAUAAGGGAGCUCAUGUUGUCAAGCGAAAGCAUUCUCAUCGACACUGAUGAGCAUCGUUUCUCGCAUCAGCUUGCACGAUUUCUGUGAUGCUGUAACUUAUCAAGAAUUUGAAGAGUUUGUGCUGCUUUUAGAAGGGAUUGUUUGCGACUAGGGAGUUACCGUACUACGGGGAAAGCAGCACAGAGGAAGGAAGAAGAAGAGAGUUUACAGCUUUGUUUGGGACGUGGGUUUGAGGAUUUUGGCUGAAAUUCCACGAUGAUUUUGUACCGGAGUGGAUGCGAUUUGAUUGGUCGAGUUGAAAUGAGAAUGAGAAGCCAGUUUUCUAAAGCAGGGCCUCUUUUGCAUGAUGGCUUACGGCUUUUGCAUAGAGCCGAUGCCAUACUUGAGUUCUGUUAUGUUCUUGUGAGUUGUGAUAUACGAAUUUCUUUUUUGUGCGUCAAUGAUCAUAAAUAUCUGCAAUGACAA